GUCCGGUCGGUUUACUUUCGUUUCGCCAUUGUUGGCUUCUGUGUGGAUUAUGUUUCUAGUUUUUAGGUAGAUUCUCGCCAAUGCAAUGAGCUCUGAAGCGAAUCUCGAUUCUUCUAAUUCCAUUAAAUCAGAACCUCAUGCUGCUAAGUCUCAUUCUUCAAAAAUUACUACCAACCAGCUGGAGUAUAUUAAAAAAGAAGUGGUUGGACGACUAUUUAAAGAAAAAAUUGUAUGGCCGUUUACAAAACCAGUCGAUCACCAGCGGCUGAACCUUCCAGAUUAUCCCAAGAUAAUAAAACACCCUAUGGACCUUGGGACGAUAAAACAGCGGUUAAAUCUAAAAUUCUAUCACUCCUCUUCCGAAUGUCUCGAUGAUCUUUUCACUAUGUUCCGAAAUUGUUAUAUAUUCAACAAGCCAGGUGAUGAUGUGGUUGCAAUGGCAAUGAAACUUGAGCAGAUCGCUAGAGAACGCCUUAAAUUUAUGCCGACUCCUGAGACCGAAAUUUGUCCACAAAAAACCCCAAAGUCUAUCCGUCCUAUUGGUGCUCCUUUGCAGGUCCAUCCUCCUAUCGAACCAAUCCAUACAGCUGCUUCAACCAACCAUACUGAAGGGUUAAAUGGCUCAGCUGUUUCUGUCGAUCAGACUACAUUACCUUUCAGGCCAUCAGUAACUUCUACAUCUACCAAAAAGGCUAGCAAAAAGAAAAGUGAUUCUACAAUAGACGAAUUACCGUCGACUCCCCAAUCAUAUGAUGAUCUAUCCCGCGAUCGUCGUCAAAUCAAAAAACCUAAGCGUGAAUAUGAAGAACGCAAUGUUGGCAAACGUUUACGACUUUCCGAAGCAUUGAAAGCUUGCAGUAAUAUUCUGAAGGAUAUUUCCUCUCAGAGAUAUCGGGAUCUCAAUCAUUUUUUCUUAAAACCAGUGGAUGUCGUGGCCCUCGGGCUUCAUGAUUACUACGAUGUUGUCAAAAAAGCAAUGGAUCUCAGCACCAUAAAAACAAAAUUAGAAAGUGGUCAGUACCAUACCAAAUACGAUUUCGCAGACGAUGUUCGACUGAUGUUUAAUAAUUGUUAUAAGUAUAAUGGUGAAGAUAGCGAAGUUGCUAGAGUAGGAAAACAACUUCAAGCUAUUUUUGAUGAAAAUUUCGCCAAAGUUCCAGAUGAUGAGUUAGAUCCUGCUGCCUCCCCUGAUGGUCGUCCUGUUGAUCAGAAUAUGUAUCAGCUAAUUCAAAACGCUAUCAAAGAGCAUCAGAAGUUAACUAAUCAGUUUCAGCGUUUUAGCGAGGAUUUGCAGAAAAGCACAGCUAACUUAAAUUCUAUCUUAUCAUCCUUAAGUAUGGCUGUCAGAAAAGCACCUAUUGGCCAUAACACACCCCAUAUUAAUUCAUUACCCCCUACUCAAACUGGCCUUCCGACUGUUCCACGUCCUACUAUGAAUGAUAUGGAAGAUGUAAAUAUCACUAAGAGAGGCAGACAAUCUCAGUCGAAAACUAAGUAUAGACAAUCAGGACUAUCUGCUGCAGCACCCGUUCUAAAUGCACCAUGUGCUCCAGUUAGUAGUAGCACAGUAAACAUGAGUUCCGCACAUUCCCAACCUAUACCUGUUCCCGGAUAUGCUACAGAUGAGGAGAUGUCCGAAAACAAUGUUCGUCCGAUGACUUACGAUGAAAAACGCCAAUUAAGUCUAGAUAUUAAUAAGCUUCCUGGUGAAAAAUUAGGUAGAGUUGUCCAAAUCAUCCAGCAACGUGAACCGUCGCACCGUGAUUGUAAUCCAGAUGAAAUCGAAAUUGAUUUUGAAACGCUGCAACAUACAACUUUGCGUGAAUUAGAGAAGUAUGUAAAAUCUGUUCUGCAAAAGACAAAAUCCGGGAGCCGGAAAUAUGUGAAGAAGGGUUUAAGUGGCGUCCCACCAGGCAAGACUCGUGAAGAGUGCAUGAAAGAGAAAACAGAAGAGCUGGAAAAUCGAUUGAGAGAGAUUGGAGGACUUCCUCAAGGUGCUCCUGGAUAUCAUAAUGCACAUAAUCCGAAAAAGUCACGUAAGUCCAGUAUCACCACAACUACCAUUGGUUCUUAUGAUUUCCAGCUUUUUAAAUCAAUCUCCUAGUUUUCCAAUCUUUCUCUGUUACUAUUAUCAUUCUGUGUGGUCAUUUAAAUUAAAUUUGGACUCGAGCUUAUUACAGUUUCGACUUGUUGGUGUUUGUGAGUAAUUUCUCAUUAAUCGUCAGUGCGGUAACAUCUAGGUGACUUUAUAUUCCUUGUAUCCAAUGGAACUAUUCGUUUGGUGUUUAAAAAUGUACUCACAAUUGUUCCUACAAUGAUAUAAGGUUUAAAGAAUUCACUUCAGACACGCGUGAUAACCACUAUAUAUUGUGGUAUACAGUGUCUACAGGUUCACCGUAGAAGCGUUGGUUAAAUAGUUUAACCAGUACUUUUUACGUUCAAACAUUUACUUUCAUUGAGGAUAUAUUAUACUCUUUAUUUUGCUGUCAGAUUCAUUCUAAUAAAUUGGUAUUUUCGGCAUUGUAAUGUUUUCAGUAUUUAGUAUCUUCUCAAACUUCGGAGCCGUUAAGCACGGAUUUGCAUAAUAUCGUACAAAGACCCUCGAUAUGAUUUAUGAAUAUAUAUUGAUAUCUUGCUUACGCUUGAAGUGAUCAUUUUAGUGACUUGUUACAACGUUGUUUAGGAAUGAUGACCAUGCUUUUGAUACAGAAAAAUCCGGCAAUGACUUAGAGGUUAAAUCAGUUGAUUUUCAACCAGUCUUCAAAUCUACUUCUGCUUCCUAUGCUGUAAAUGAGGCAGUUGUUUAGUUUUUUUCAAGCUCCUUGUAUAUCAAUCUCGGUUAUUUCGAUAUAAUAUAGCAUAGUGCUCAUCUUUUCUAUUUUUCUAUACAUCAACCAAAUAUUUAAAUUGUUGGUUAUAUAUUUCAUUGUGUUAUCGUUUCGGUGCUAGCAAAAGUUUACAGGUUAGGUAUUUUUCAAUAACACACGAUUUUCUCAGAUAAUGCAUAUAACUUCAUUGUUUUUCAGAUGGUACUAAUCGUUUGAGCGCAUCAUCAUCCAGUUCAAGUGAUUCCGAGAGUACUUCAGACUCAAGUGAAUCUGAUUCUUCAGAUUCUAAAUCUUAUAGUGAGUCCUGAUGAAUUGCUACAUUUGCAACUUAUUCCCAGUAAUUGAAUGCUGCAUUCUUUAUUGUCAUCCAGUAUUCUUUCUUUUUCUAAGCAACUUUACUACAGUAUGGUUUCAUUUUGUAAUUUCUUUAAAUCCUUAUUUACUUAACGUAUAUCAUUCUUUUUUAAAAACUUACACACACCUUUUUACUGCCAGCCACUGUGCUAACAUCAAGUCAAGAAUUUCACUUUUUUACGAGCUGAAGUCGUAAGAUUCUAAUCAAGCACCAAAUACUUCAGUACUUGAUUUUUUUGCCUCAGUGGCUUUCCUAUUCUUUGUACAUCAAUUCUUGGUUUCUUCUUAUAUACACCACUAUGUCUCCAACACAUGGCGUUGUUUUCGUGAGAAAUUUGUACCUAAUUCCCUUUUAAUUGUUUGUGGUCCUGUGUAUAAAAAGAUCAUUGAAUGCAUUUUUGUACAGUACUUAGCAUGUAAUUUUCAUUUGAUAAAUUAUCUGCUACUAAAGUGAGAGUCUUCUUGAUGUUAGCACAUUGGGUGGUAGUGUAGGUUAUAUUAAUUAUAUCUUAAGGCCUGCCUUCCUGGUGUUCUUGCUAUAAUUUCAGAAGCAGCUUCAGACCACAAACAGUCGCAUGACCAGGUAUCUUCAACUGGCCUGCAAAAUUGUUCGAAAUCGACUGUUUUUUUAUCCCUGAACUCGGAUAAUGUAACAAAUAAGACAUCAAUCAAUCAACCAUCGACAUUUUCUGCACUUGAUUCUGUUGCAAGUGGUAAUUGUAAUAGUGAUAUCAUCUAUGCGAAAUCUAUUGAACCAAAGGCUGAGCAAAAUGAAUCUUCAGAUACGGAAUCUGAACCGAACUCCCCUCAUCAGCUACCCCAACCUGUGUGGGCCAUUUCAGGGUUUUCUAAAAAGCCAUCUUCUGAAGAUGGUUCGUCAGGUAAACCCCUUCUUACAAGUAGCUGUACAGCUACAUCACUUUCUGAGGUUUCUUCAACAGUUGUCGCUGCUAGAAUGGUUAAUGUUUUACCCGAUCCUAUUGAAGCAGACGACAUUUUGCUGCCUAACUCUCAGCCUGGUAAAAACGAGGAAAAAGAGAAACAAGCAGCGGCUCUUCAAAUAAUGCGCGAAGCUCGCAGGCAAUCUCAGUGGAGUUCUCGCGCGGCUGAAGAGAAGGCCAUUCGUGAACGCGAAGAGGCUGACAGACGACGUCAGGAAGAAGAACUUGCUUUGGAAGCUGAGAGGAGGAAAGAACAAGAAUUGCGCCGUAUUGAAGAAGAGAAGCGCCUUCUUGUUGAAGCUCGAAAGCGUGAUGAUAUUGCAAAGCGUAAGGCUAUGAUCGGUGCACCAGAACGUAUAAAUGCUCAUGAAUUACUGACGGAAUUUGAGAAUUCAGUUGAUAUAUCUUGCAUUGAUGCUUGUUUUGCCAUGCGUCACUUCUGAAUCAAUGCUGUAUCACCUACAAGAAUGUAUUUUCCCAUGAUACCUCAUUUUUCGAAACUUAAAAUAAUUGCUUUUCCUAUAGUUAAUUAUAAAUUCACAGGAACUUUUCUUCUAAUAACUAGUGUUUAUUCACCUUUUCAAGUUUCUUGAUUAAAUGGACGUGACUUUAUUUCUAUGUAAAUGUACAUAACCAGUUAGAUUUUUCAUUUUUGUCUUGAUUAUGAAUUAAUUUCUUCUGGUCAUUUGAUAUACUAACAUUUUAUUGUGCAUUGUGAAGGGAUUUUAUUAUGAAAUGUACGGACUGGAAAAGUUAUCAACCAUGUUGGUAAAUAUAGGAAUUAAACUAUGGUGGAC